CACUUCCUCAUUCCUUCUUCCUCCUUUAAGUUUCACUUCAUAUUAAGCUUGUAGUUUUCUUCUCCCCUGCUCAUAUUUGACUUCUGCUAACAUCACUUCCAUCAAAGAUGGCACCAGGCUAUACAUUACCAUUAAUCUUGGCAUUCUCUGUAGUUCUGCAUGCUACAACAGAUGCGGUGAAUCCCGGUUUGGUUGUGAGAAUCACUCAGGAUGGGCUGGAUUAUGCCCGUCAACAAGGAAUGAUUGUUCUACAGCAGAAGCUCUCAACUAUUCACUUGCCGGAUUAUUCAGGAUCUUAUGAUGUUGGAGUCCUGGGAAAUGUGAAGUACAACAUCAAUAGCAUGGUUAUAACCAAUUUCCAGCUACCUAAUUCACAAGUCACUCUUCUUCCCAACGUUGGUUUGAAACUCUCCAUUUCUGGGGCUUACAUUGAAAUACAUGGAAACUGGAGAGUACGUUACCUGUUCAUAUCAUCUGAUGGUGACUUUGAAUUAAAGGUCUUGGGGAUCUCUAUUUCUGUGGGGCUGAGUUUAGGAAGUGAUGGUUCUGGCCGCCCUACAAUAUCUACUUCUGAUUGCAGUGCCCACAUCUCAGACAUGCAAGUGCACUUUUCCGGUGGACUUGAUUGGCUCAUUAAUCUCUUUGAUAACGUCAUUGCAUCCUCCUUAAGAGACAACUUGCAAAACCAGAUUUGUCCAUUGGUUGCCGAUGCAGUUAACACUCAGCUGGAGCCUGUAUUAAGAAGUUUGCCAGUCACUUCUAAAAUCGAUGACGUGGCUGCAAUAGAUUACUCCUUGACGGGUCCUCCAAUGGUGACUGCUGAUAGUCUGGAUGUACAACUGAAGGGAGAAUUUUUUGAACAGUCUCACCGCAGUCCCCCACCUUUCUCACCACAGCCGAUGUCUAUACCUGAUGAACACAGUCUCAUGGUGUACUUCGCGAUCUCUGAUUAUUUAUUUAAUACGGCUGCAUUUGUCUAUCAGUCUGCUGGAAAGCUCAUCUUUAACGUGACCGAUGAUAUGAUUCCAAGAGAUUUUCCUGUGCAACUGAACACAUCAUCCUUUGGGAAACUGAUACCACAGAUAUCAAAGAUGUACCCAAAUAUGCCAAUGAAGCUGAAGAUUUCAUCACCUGUUGCUCCAUUUCUGGCCAUGGAACCAGGAAAUAUGACCAUUUCACCAGUGUUGGACAUCCAGGCUUAUGCAAUAUUACCAAACUCAUCUCUGGCUCCACUUUUUCUUUUAAACUUGUCAACUAAUGCAGUGGCCAAAGUGGGAGUGAAUUCAAGCAGGAUUGUGGGAUACCUGGAGCUUAGCAGCAUAAAGAUUGAUCUCAAGAACUCAGAAGUGGGGCCUUUCCCUGUUGGGAUUCUGAACAUUGCUGUGAAUUAUUACAUCUCACAUAUACUACUUCCAAAAGUUAAUGAAAUUCUGAAGAAUGGCUAUCCACUUCCACUACUGGAUCAUAUUCAACUGUCCAAUGUCAUGCUAAAGCUACAGGAGCAUUACAUUCUCCUGGGAGCAGAUGUCAACUAUGGAUAAAUCAAUAAAUGGCGGAAAGAGAAAAAGUUUACCAAAGCAGCCAGAGAUAUUUCAUAUACUGUUGAUUCGAAGUAGGCGAUUGAGAAAAGUAGUAAUUGUCCAAAAAAUGAGAUGUACACUGAAGCUAUGGCAUGACGAUAUCAUAUUACUUGAUUUAAUGCUACCAUAAACCAAUGGGUGUUAUUUUGUAUGAAAUAGUUUCUAGCUUUUCGUCUUUUAAAGAGGACUUGUAAACUUUCCUGACAUGUCUGUUUUAGGGCUCAUGCACAUGGCCGUUGCCCGUGUUGCGGCCCACCACCCACUGUAUCAUGGAUGCAGAUCCACUCACUUGAGUGAGUCUGCAAUCCGGCAGGUGCGGUGUGGUACGGGGUCACAGAACCCCACAGAAGCACAACAGAGGGACCCAUUCAGGUUGGCAACAAAAACUUUUUUCCUAAAAUGGUGGCUGAAAAUAAAUUAAAAAAGUACGCUCACCUCAUCCACUUCAUCGCAGAGAGGCUGUCUGCUCCUGUCAUGAUGAUGUCGCUGUUUGCGGCCAGCACGAUCAUGUGGUGAUGUCAUCAUGCUCGCUGCAGGUCCUUCGGCAGGUUUUCUUCAAUCAGGACGGCCAGUCCACGAUCAAGUAGAUGAGGUGAAUAUUAUAUUUUUUUUUACCCCAGAUUAACCCCCUGAGCAUCUAAAUGUGAUUCUCAGAUGCCGCAAUCAGCAUUGAACGCGGCAUCUAAGGGGUUAAAUGAUGGGGCGGACCAAUCGCUGUUCCCCGUCAUUGUGCCCGCUCUAUACAACGGAAAGCCAUUCAUGACAAAUUCAUUCGCUAUAAAUCAAAUUUCUUGACAAAGUUAGGCGAAGAAGCCGAAUCGAAUUUUUGAAAACGCCGUUCAUCCCUAACACAAACGUCAGGAGAGGUAACAGGUCGUAAGAGGAUGACAGAAUAGUCCACAAUAGGAAGACUGACAAAAUUCUGAUACAGUGUAUUGAAAAGUCUGUUUAUUAAAUGGAUGAUGUACAGAGGUCUAAUCCACUAAUCUACUGUAGAUAAGAAUACACAAUACAAUAUCUCCACAUACUACCAAAGCCCUUGACAGAAUGCAAGCACAUUACAACCACAGGGUGGCCACAUAUGGGUACAUACAGCAUAAAAAAUAAAUAACAGGGUGCUGGAAUUUUUAUUUUUUAAGCUGGUAGGGUUGUGCCAUUUAUCUUGUAAUAAAACUUGAGCUGUAAUCAGUG